GCCGCUACAGCGGCCGCGCGAGCAGCUGGAGGAGGAGGAGCAGCGGCGCCGGGCUUCUCCCCGCGGGGGCUCCCAGCAUGGUUGACUAUAUUGUGGAGUAUGACUAUGAUGCUGUACACGAUGAUGAGUUAACUAUUCGAGUUGGGGAAAUCAUCAAGAAUGUGAAAAAACUACAGGAGGAAGGAUGGCUAGAAGGAGAAUUAAAUGGGAGAAGAGGAAUGUUUCCUGAUAAUUUUGUUAAGGAAAUUAAGAGAGAGACAGAAUCCAAGGAUGACAAUUUGCCCAUCAGACGGGAAAGGCAUGGGAAUGUAGCAAGUCUUGUACAACGAAUAAGCACCUAUGGACUUCCAGCUGGAGGAAUCCAGCCACAUCCACAAGCUAAAAACAUUAAGAAGAAGACCAAGAAGCGUCAGUGUAAAGUUCUCUUUGAGUACGUUCCACAAAAUGAGGAUGAACUGGAGCUGAGAAUAGGAGAUAUUAUUGACAUUAGUGAAGAGGUAGAAGAAGGCUGGUGGAGUGGAACCCUGAACAACAAGUCGGGACUGUUUCCCUCAAAUUUUGUGAAAGAAUUGGAAGUAACAGAUGAUGGUGAAACUCGUGAAGCCCAGGAGGAUUCAGAAACUGCUUUGACUGGACCUGCCUUAUCUGUACCCUCUCUGGGAAAUGGGAAUGAAACUGCACCUGGAUCAGUUACACAGCCAAAGAAAAUUCGAGGAAUUGGAUUUGGAGAUAUUUUUAAAGAAGGCUCUGUGAAACUUAGGACAAGGACAUCCAGUAGUGAAACAGAAGAGAAAAAACCAGAAAAGCCCUUAAUUAUACAGUCACUAGGAUCCAGAACUCAGAGCGUAGAGAUAACAAAAACAGACACUGAAGGUAAAAUUAAAGCUAAAGAAUAUUGUAGAACAUUAUUUGCCUAUGAAGGUACUAAUGAAGAUGAACUUACUUUUAAAGAGGGAGAGAUAAUCCAUUUGAUAAAUAAGGAGACUGGAGAAGCUGGCUGGUGGAAGGGUGAACUUAAUGGUAAAGAAGGAGUAUUUCCAGACAAUUUUGCUGUUCAGAUAAAUGAACUAGAUAAGGACUUUCCAAAACCAAAGAAACCACCACCUCCUGCUAAGGGUCCAGCCCCAAAGCCUGAGCUGAUAUCUGCAGAGAAGAAGUAUUUUCCUACAAAGCCUGAAGAAAAAGAUGAAAAAUCAGUGCUGGAACAGAAACCUUCUAAACCAGCUGCUCCACAAGUCCCACCCAAGAAGCCUACUCCACCCACCAAAGCCAAUAAUUUAUUGAGAUCUCCUGGAACAGUGUACCCAAAGCGACCUGAAAAGCCAGUUCCUCCACCACCUCCUGUAGCCAGGAUUAAUGGGGAGGUGUCUACCAUUUCAUCAAAAUUUGAAACUGAGACAGUAUCAAAACCAAAGCUAGAUUCUGAACAGAUACCACUUAGACCAAAAUCAGUAGACCUAGAUUCAUUUACAAUUAGGAGUUUUAAAGAAACAGAUCCUGUAAAUUUUGAUGACAUAGCUUCCUCAGAAAACUUGCUACAUCUCACUGCAAACCGACCGAAGAUGCCUGGAAGACGGCUGCCUGGCCGCUUCAAUGGUGGACAUUCUCCAACUCACAGCCCAGAAAAAAUCUUGAAGUCACCAAAAGAAGAAGAUAGUGCCAACAUAAAGCCAUCUGAAUUUAAAAAGGAUUCAUGCUACUCUCCAAAGCCAUCUGUGUACCUUUCAACACCUUCAAGUGCUUCUAAACCAAAUACGGCUGGUUUUUUAAUUCCAUUAGAAAUGAAAGCUAAAGUAGAAGCAGAUGAUGGGAAGAAAAAUUCAUUGGAUGAGCUUAGAGCUGAGAUGAUUGAGUUGCUGUGCCUUGUGGAAGCACUGAAAAAGGAUCAUGGGAAAGAACUGGAAAAACUACGAAAAGAUUUGGAAGAAGAGAAGGCAAUGAGAAAUCAUCUAGAGGUAGAAAUAGAGAAGCUGAAAAAAGCAGUCCUGUCUUGAAGCGGCCGGACCUGAUGUUUCUAUUGUUACAGGAACUCAGAAGCAACACUAUGAAACUGCAACUGACUUGUUACUUAAAAAUAACAAAUGCUGAUGUGAUGAAGAAAUAUGGGUAUUUGAACUAUAAUAUCUAUAGAAAAGUAGGGGGAGCGUGAGUUUUUUUUUUAUAUAUUUUGUUUUGCCAAUAUGGAAAAAAAAGAGGCCUUAUUUCUUAUGAGCUGGGAUUGCAAACUUUUUUUUUUAGUUUGCUUGAAAAUACUACUGAAUCUGUAUAAAAAGAAAGUUCACAAUAGUUUUUUUAUUGAAACUUGUAUUAUUUUUAAAGAGAUCUAUACUAUAAAUAUGGUGAUAUCUUUACAAAUAAUCUGUAAAAUAUACUAUUUGAGAGGGACAAAUUAGCUUUAUAGUAACUAUAGUCACUACUUUUCCCAUACAUACAUAAUACAUAAGGGAUAUAAACUUUGUGUACAUAUAUAUAUAUAUAUAGAUUUUUUUUUCAUUUUUAGCUUCUUUCCCAGGAUUACACUGUUGUGCCUGUUUGUUUGCAGUGCUGUUUAUGCUCUAGGUUAUGAUAUAGGAGCUUCCUAGCUAUAUACCAGAUUACUCACCAUGCUUAUAGUAAUAACUAAUGAAAUAAUUUCUUCAGCCUUUAGAAUAUUUUAUAUCGCUUGCACUAUAGGAUUCAUAAAAAGAAUUUAAUUAAGAGGUAUUGGAUUGUUAAAUAUAUUUGGGAAAAUAUGAGCUAUAUUUUAAAUUCAUUAGGUCUAAAGAACUAAAAAUGUCAGUUUAAUUCUUAACGUGUUGUGCCUAGAAACUACAGCACAUGUAAUACGCAAACACCAGCCUUAUUGCUGUACUUUUCUGCUUAUUUUACAGGCGUAAAUGUCACUCAUUUCAUGAUCUUAAUUCUUUAUGCCCCUCCCUCUGAUUUUUAAUAAUGGUAAUAUUAGGAAAACAAAACUCAAAAUUUAAAAUUAAGUGUGAGGUUUCAUACUUUUGACAAGUUAUCAUUAUGUAAAUACUCAGGUUUUACAAUGUGUAAUUUAUGUAAUAGACCAAACUAAGUGGUGGAGAUAUUUUGGACUGUCAUUUAGGAACCAACUUUACAAAGAGGGUUAGUGUAUCAUAAAAUGUAACAUUGUAGCUUAUUUAAAACCAAAGGUAAUUGACUAUGUUCAAAAUUCAUUUUCACAAGAUGGAUAAAUUAGUUCCUUCAGAGUCACUUUACAAAAAGUUGAAAAAUUUUAAAUGUUAUAUCUAUAGUCUCAAAAUGUGAGGUUUUAUAUUAAAAGUAGAAAUUUGAUUUUUCAUUUGCAAAAAUAUUUAGAUUUUAAGAUUUAUUGUAGCAAAUAAUUUUCAGAUUUUAAGUACCAUCUAUCAUGCUUCCAUUUUAUGUUAUUUUAAACCACCAAACCAACAUUUUUGCUUUA